AAAUCUCCCCCUGUCCCGCCGCUAUGUCCUGCAAGGCUCUGGCUCUCUGCCUCCUGGGGCUCCUGGCUCUCUCCUCCGCCUGCUACAUCCAGAACUGCCCCAUCGGGGGCAAACGUGCCGUGCUGGACAUGGACAUCAGGAAGUGCCUGCCCUGCGGUCCCCGCAACAAGGGGCGCUGCUUCGGGCCCAACAUCUGCUGCGGGGAGGAGCUGGGCUGCUACAUCGGCACGUCGGACACGCUGCGCUGCCAGGAGGAAAACUUCCUGCCCACCCCCUGCGAGUCGGGACGCAAAGCCUGCGGCUCCGGAGGGAGCUGCGCCGCUCCCGGCAUCUGCUGCAGCACCGAGGGCUGUGGCACUGACUCAUCCUGUGACCAGGAGAUGCUGUUUGUGUAGCCCACCCCGGAGAGAAUCCGCAGGAUCCCGCUUCCAUCGCUGUCCCAGCCCUGGGCUGUGACUCAGACUGAAGUGAUGAGUUAAUUAGAAAUAAAACUUGGACAGAAAAACAACCCGGA